GUCCGGAAGUCGGUUGUCCCAUCCGCCCCCGCGCGCCCGGAAGUGGGCCGGGCCCGCCCCCAGCCCCGGAAGUCCGUACCUGGCGGGUCCGCAAGUCCCGCGAUCCCGCCUGCCGCGCGCCCUCGCCCGCAGGAAGUAGCUGAAAAGCUACCCAGAACGGGGUCCCUGGAGCCAGCUUUUCGAGCGCACUGCAGCGUUCUCCACGCUGGAAGAUAAGCCCCCCGCCCCUUGGUGACUCGUUCAUUCAGCCGGAGCUCGGGGACCUCGGGACCUUCUGCCGGGUGCAGCCUGUUGGCUCCGCAGCUGGUGAAGCCUGCAGAGCUGACUUUUUCCGCCCGCGUCUCCUGUUGAGAGAGGUGGCAGCACGUCCUGGGAUGUACAUGCAGGUGGAGACACGCACCAGCUCCUGCCUCCACCUGAAAAGGGCUCCAGGCAUCAGGUCCUGGUCCCUGUUGGUUGGAAUCGCGUCCAUCGGCCUGGCUGCUGCGUAUUACAGUGGAGACAGUCUGGGCUGGAAGCUCUUCUACGUCUCCGGCUGCCUGUUCGUGGCCGUGCAGAACCUGGAGGACUGGCAGGAAGCCAUCUUCAGCAAGAGCACCGGGAAGGUUGUGCUGAAGACGUUCAGCUUGUACCGGAAGCUGCUGACCCUCUGCAGAGCGGGCCACGAGCAGGUGGUGGUGCAGCUCAGCGACAUCCGGGACGUGAGCGUGGAGGAGGAGAAGGUCCGCUACUUCGGGAAGGGCCACGUGGUGGUGCUUCGCUUUGCCACGGGCUUCUCCCACCCCCUCACCCAGAGCGCCGUCAUGGGCCACCGCAGUGACGUGGAGGCCAUUGCCAGGCUCAUCACUACUUUCCUGGAGCUGCACCGCCUCGAGAGUCCUGCGGAGCCGUCUCAGAGCAGCGACAGUGAGGCCGACAUCCUUGGGGACCACAGCUGACCCUCCGCGCCCCCAGCUUGGCUGUGACCCCCGGCUCUGGUGCCUCAGCAGGCCCAGAGGGCUGCCCGCAAGUCGGCCUCUGCUCCGGGCUUGGCCCUGGCAGCUCCGGGGCAGGACCCUCCACCGUUCCUGCUGUUCGCUUCUGCCCCCU